CCUCAAAUCCGGCCUCGCCGCGCGCCGCGUCGCCGUCGCCACCGCCCUCGUCGCCCUCUACUCCUCCCUCCGCCGCCCCGCCGCCGCCCGCGCCGUCUUCGACCGCGCCCUCCGCCGCGACGCCGUCCUCUACAGCACCAUGCUCGCCGGCCUCGCGAAGUGCGGCCUCUUCUCCGAAGCCCGCGAUCUGUUCGACGAAAUGCCCGAGCGGAACGCCGCCUCGUGGAACACCGUCGUCGACAUGUGCUGCAAGAUGGGCGACUUGCGCGCCGCGAGAAACCUGUUCGACGAAAUGCCCGAGAGAAAUGUGGUCUCGUGGAACGCGAUGAUUUGCGGGUACGCGAAGGCCGGUGACCCUGACUCUGCCCGCGAGUUGUUCGAUGCGAUGCCGCGAAGAGAUUCUGUUUCUUGGAACGCCAUGAUCGGUUGCUACGUCCGCAACGGGCGAUUCCCAGAGGCACUGGAGUUGUUUAGGUCGAUGCAGGAAUCGAAUGUCAAGCCCGAUGAAGUAACCGUCGUUGCGGUACUCCCUGCUUGUGCUCAUCUGGGUGCAUUAGAUAUUGGGCGGUGGAUUCAUGCCUACAUUCGAAAGCAGAGGAUUAAGAUGGACGUUCAUGUAAGAACCGCGCUUGUUGAGAUGUACGGUAAGUGCGGAAGCUUAGAGGAUGCGAUGAGGCUAUUCGACCAUGCGGCGAAGAAGGACGUGUUCCUGUAUAACACGAUUAUCGAGGUUCUUGCGAUGCAUGGGGCGGUAGAGAAGGUUUUCGAGGUGUUUGAUUAUAUGAGGAGUGAAGGGUUCGAUCCGAAUGAUGUUACUUUUAUCGCGCUCUUGAGGGCUUGCAAUCACGUUGGAUUGGUCGAAACCGGACUGAAGUACUUCCACAUGAUGAACACCGAGUUCCGAUUGGUGCCGAAGGUUGAGCACUAUGGGUGCGCUGUGGAUUUGCUCGGUCGAACUGGGCGUUUGGAAGAAGCUCGUGAGCUGAUCUUGGGAAUGCCGAUGGUGCCGCCUCCCGUAGUUUGGACAUCUUUGCUUAGUGCUUGUGUGAUACAUGGAAAUCAUAAGCUAGGAGAGGAGGUGGCUCUCCAUCUGAUAGAGCUCGAACCACGGAGUUGCGCAAAUUAUGUAAUGCUAGCGAAUAUGUACUCUAAAGCUAAUAGGUAUGAAUAUGCUGCGAAAAUUAGGCGAAUGAUGAAGGAGAACGGUGUCGUAAAGAAGCCCGGUUGCAGCUCGAUUGAGAUCGAUAACAGGGUUUACGAAUUUUUCGCGGGAGAUCGAGACCAUCCUCGGUGCAAGGAGACAUACGAGAUGUUGGAUCGAAUGGCUUCGAGGUUAAAGAGGGAAGGAUACAAGCCAUGCCUUCUCUCUGCUUUGCAUGAUGUGGAUAAGAGUGGAAAGGAACAAGCUUUGCUUCAUCACAGUGAGAAGUUGGCGCUUGCAUUCGGGUUGAUCAGUACGAACAGCGGAGCCGCGAUUAGAAUCGCGAAGAACCUUCGCAUUUGCGAGGAUUGCCAUUUGUUCAUGAAGUUGGCAUCGAAUCACUACAAAAGGCAGGUUAUAGUACGCGAUUGCAAUCGGUUUCACCACUUCAAUGAAGGAUCUUGUUCUUGCUCAGAUUAUUGGUGACCAAAUAUCAGAUUCUGCUGUGUGAUUAUAUAACUAGCUUUUCCGGGAAACUAGUUGAUCAGUUAUUAGGGUAAAUGGGAUGAUCAUUUUUUGUGUAUAGUUUGGUUAAUUUGGAGCAUGAAAGCACCCACAGAUGCAAAGGAGAAUAAUAACAGGAGAUCCAAUAACCAACCAAUUUGUUCUUACCAAAAAUCUUAAGAAUGCCUAUACUUGUAUACUAUCAUUUUCCUGCAAAUUGUUCAUUGUAUUGCUUUGGGUGCAAGAUUAUACUGCUUUUUCUUGUUUGUG